AGAAAUUAGUUAUAAUCUAAGUCUAUGGCUUUAUAGAUUAAUAAACAAAAAGUGGGAGUUCUUAUAUUCUGUUGCACGUUUCUAUGCAUAUAAUGUAAAACUUAAUAAAUCUCAGAUCUUCAUCAAAAGUGGAUUUGUGAAUUUAUUGGAUGUACAAUAUAUAUUACAAUAUAUAUUGUGACCUUGAAACCACAAAACCAGUCAUAAGUAACAAUUAAGGGUACACAACAUAAGGGUAUAUUUGUGGGUGAAUUUUUUUCUUUUAUGGCAAAAAUCAUUGAGAUAUUUAGUAAAGAUCAUGUUCCAUGAAGAUAUUUAGUAAAUUUCCUAGCGUAAAUAUAUCAAAACAUAAUUUUUGAUUGUUAAUAUGCAUUGCUAAGAACUUUACUUGCACAACUUUAAAAGUGAUUUUCUUAAUAUUUUGAUUUUUUGCACCCUCAGAUUCCAGAUGUUCAAAUAGUUAUCCUGUCCUAUUUAUUCAGCUUUCAGAUGAUGUACAAAUCUCAAUUUCAAAACAAUUUACCCUUAUGACUGGUUUUGUGGUCCAGGGUCACAUAUAUGCAGUUUAACAUUUGCUUUGUGCUUUCUUUUAUCUGAGGAUCUUGAUCUUUUCCAUUCACGUCUGCUCUGAGCUGAUAACUGAACACAAGCAGAGGCCUUUAGUUAACCCACAAAAUAUCAGCAAAGAUGUGUCUUUUGUCUUGGCCUUAUAUGUGUACUUUUACAUUAGCGUGUUAUUUUCUGCAUAUUGUUAUAAAUAUGAAAAGUAACAAAUGACUCUCAUCUGGAAUGUCCCAGAAAUUCCCAUAUCCAAAACAAGCACAAGACGGUGACUCUUCCCCCAGAAAAAAAAACAGGAAGAAAAAAUUGUCUUUACAAGAUUUCUUCAUUUAUUUGCACUUGGGCUAUUUAGUAAUGAUGGAUAUUAUUUUGGAAUUACUUUAACAAAAUGUUGGCUGUUUGCUUACAAAAAUGUGGAUUCAAUAUGUAUGAAUACCAUACCCCCAGUGUCCAUUGAUAUGUAUUUAAAAUCAUCACAAAUACUUUUUUGGAAUUUUUCAAGUGAUGUAACUAUGAAGGACAAUAAUCUUUAAAAAGCUCCUGUGCUUUUUAUGGUAUUGUAAGGCAAAGGUCAUUUAUCUGUCAGACUGAGCUUUAAGAAACAGCACCUCAUCAGUUUGCUUGUCUACUAAACAAGGAAGAUUUUCAGGUGAAACUGAACUAUACACCAUAUUACUCAUGUAGACCAACAUCCUUUUUUAAAUAAAUUGGUAUUGUAAGCAGAACAGGAUAUAAGUUUCGCUUUCUACCUGUUUGGGGUUAUCAGAUGCUGGCUUUAGUAGUCACAUCCUGUGCUGUGAAGCUUUUAACCACAUUAACAACCAGGUCCCUAUCACUAGCCUCUUGCUCGCAUAUCUAACUUACUGUGAACUGAAACUACAAGUACAAAGAAGGACAUUUGAAAACGCCUAUAUUUUCGGUUGCAUCUUGCAAAUGACCUGUACACUCAGAUUUGUUUUCAAUUUAAUUUUGUGCUUUAAACCUAGAAGUAUUUUAAUACAGACAGGGUAAAAUGUAAACAAAGUAAAUACUAAACUAGGUUAAGUGUGUGAGUGUGAGGCACGUGUAGCUCCUCCCCAGUGUCCUUUGGUUCUAUUUUGAUGGAUGUUGAUAAGUCAUCAGCACAUACUCGGUGAUUUUUCGGACACAGACAAUUUCCAUAUCAUUCAGUCGCAUAUUCAAGAAGUUUUAGUUGCUCACGGGCAGUAAAGGCUUCUCUUUUAUAGAGACCUCAAGUCACGACUGAGCAAUUCUCCCCCAAAACCUGCACUCAUUAUGAAAAGAACAGUAUACCUAAUGGCCCCCAUGAAUGGACUACUCGCAGGCUUCGUUGAGGGGAGUCAAGAUUGCAGUUCAUGCUACCAGUUGGACAUUGGAGUGGCUAUUGGGAUCAUCACUUGUGACAUCAUCCUCACGCUCCUCAUCGCACUCUCGGUCUACUGUUUCGUUUCACAUCAGAAGAGAAGAAGCAGUUUACAUACACAUGCCAGAUGCUGUGGCUCAAGUAAAGCUCAAAACUUAAAAACUCACCAGCCGUCAGUGAGGCCAAAGACGAUUGAAAUGGAAUCACCUUAUCAGGAACUUUAUGGAGUCCAAUCAGAUAUAUACAGUGAUCUUCAGCAGUAUCAGAAAUGAGGCGACCGUGUUAAUGCUUGUGUGCAAACUUAAGGAUAUCUGGAAGUUGCAUACAUUUUUAAACUGUCACAAAUGUGUACUUGCAUAAAUAAGCUACAAUAAUUGAUUUAUACAAAAAACUUUGAAUCCAUGUGAUCGGUCAUGUGGCAUAUAUACAAACCAUGAAUCUAAAUUUUUUUCAUAGUUUGGGGAAAGGAAAUGAUCUUCAAGAAUUUGUUUUUAAUAGCACUGUAAAAGUUGUUUUCACUUGUCAUUUUUUAUUUAUUCAGAACCUUUGUAAUGAAACUAGAUCUGAAUAUAAUUCCCCUGCUCUUUAUGUAGAAAUAAAUGUUUUA